CUUGCUACUGAGCACCAAUAGACCAAUUUUCAUGCAUUGCUUUAUGAUCAAUCUGCACUAGUUCUUUCUCUCUCUCUAACUCUGGAGAGGCUUAACUUGUUGCAGAAAUGAGCAUCCUUUCAUUGGUCACAGGAUCGCCUGGUCCUAGUGGGUUUGGAUCAGCUUCUACCGCUGAACAGGUUACUGAAGGGAUUGAUGCUUCCAAUCUUACUAUUAUUAUCACUGGUGGAGCAAGUGGGAUAGGGUUGGAGACUGCAAGAGUCUUGGCUCUUCGCAAGGCUCAUGUGAUUAUAGCAGCAAGAAACAUGGAGGCUGCAAAUAAAGCCAAGCAAUAUAUUCUUAAAGAUGUUCAAGAUGCCCGAGUAGAUGUUAUGAAACUGGAUUUGGCUUCCAUCAAAUCUGUCAACGAAUUUGCUGACAAGUUCAUUGCUCUUGAUCUACCGCUUAACAUCUUAAUAAACAAUGCUGGCAUUAUGUUCUGCCCCUACCAGCUCUCUGAAGAUGGAAUAGAGAUGCAAUUUGCAACUAAUCAUAUUGGUCAUUUCCUCUUGACAAACCUUCUCCUGGAGAAAAUGAAAGACACUGCGAGAAGCACUGGCAUUGAGGGUAGGAUUGUGAAUUUGUCGUCAAUAGCCCACAUCUACACUUACAGAGAUGGAAUUAAUUUUGAUAAAAUCAAUAAUAAGAGGAGUUACUCUGAUAAAAAGGCAUAUGGGCAAUCCAAGUUGGCCAACAUACUUCAUGCCAAAGAGCUUACCCGCCACUUUCAGGAAGAGGGUGUGAACAUUACUGCCAAUGCAGUCCAUCCAGGAUUGAUAAUGACCAAUCUCAUGAGAUAUUCUGCACUGCUAAUGAAAAUAUUGAAGUUCUUUAGCUUUAUUCUAUGGAAGAAUGUACCCAAGGGAGCAGCAACAACAUGCUUUGUGGCAGUUCAUCCAAGUUUGAAAGGAGUCAGUGGAAAAUACUUUGCGGACUGCAAUGAGAUAAAGCCAAGCACAUUUGCUAGGGAUGAAUUACUAGCAAAAAGACUCUGGGAUUUCAGCAACGAUCUCAUUAGUUCUGCUUCAAAGCCUUAAUAUAUAUAUAUAUAUAUAUAUAUAUAUAUAUAUAUAUAUAUAUUAAUUUCUAAUCUUCGAGGCUUAUCCAUGUUUUUUCACAAAGCAAUGAGAUAAUAAAUAAAAGCCAGAUGCACAUUUCUUCUCACUUCUAAUACUUAAAGAGUGAGUGAUCCAAA